AAUCUAGUUUGCGUUGUCGGUUGUUAAAUGUGAGAAAAUCUAGAAUUCGACAACUUUUGCUUUUAUGUACGAAAGCCAACAAGUAAUUAAUUCGUGUUCUCAAAUUGGACCAUGUUUCAAUUAUUAAUAGUUUUAUAGAAACUGUUAAAGAGAGGUUAAGUGUCAACAAAACACGGCGCCGUUUAGACGGCAAAACACUUACGUUUUUUCAGUUUUUGCAUCAUAUUUCUAAAUGAAUAGUGAAAAGAGAAAUGCUCGGGGCCGUGGCCGGGGUAGAGGCCGCGGCCGGGGUCGCGGAAGAGGCCGUGGUCGCGGCAAGAAAGUGCCGAAGGUGAUGUCUUCUGACGAAGAAGAGUGUUCUGUUGAAGAAAGUUCACAAGAGCAGGAGGAGUCUUUAACUACUGAGGAGGCAAAGGAAGAGGUUGAACAAGCCGAACCCCCUAAACUUGAAGUCCCUUCCGACAUAUCACAACUAGAAGCCCCAGUAUUCACAACGCUGCAGCGUGGCCCGCCGGAGCCCAUGCUGCGUUUGGACUGGGACCACCGUGCGGCACUCAUUGGGGAAAAAGUCCUGAACCCCAUGAUAUACUGCUGUGAUAUCUGCUCAAAGCCUAUUCUCAUUUAUGGUAGAAUGAUACCAUGCAAGCACGUGUUUUGCCUUUCUUGCGCGCGAGCAGACCACACACACUGUCCACGGUGUAGGGAAAAGGUUCUGCGCGUGGAGCAGACAGGCCUCGGCACGGUGUUCAUGUGCACGCACUCGGGCACCCGGUACGGGAACACAGGCUGCCGGCGGACAUACCUCUCUCAGAGGGACCUGCAGGCGCACAUAAACCACCGGCACGUGUCUGGCACCGAGCCGCACGCCGCCGCCGCCGAGCCCGCCGCCGUCGCCAUUGUCAAACCCAUCUCGGUCGGAAGCGGGGUUGGGGUGUCUAACGACCCGCGGCACGCGGUGUCGACGCGACGGAAUCUCAUCACGGUGCCCAUUCAGGACCCGGACCGUAAUUAUUACAAUUAUUAUCAGCAACCGGUGGCUCCGGUAGUGGCGAGCGUUGGCACUGGCGGCGUGGCCGCGGCGGGGCCGGGGGUGCUGGCGCACAACCUGAGCGUGCCGCCGCCGCAGUACUACGCGCCAGGCGCCUACCCGCCCUCCUACACGCAGCCGCAGCCAGGCGGCAGCCUGGCGCCGGCGGCGGCGGCGGCGGCGCCCGAGCGCUGGCCCGACGGCUACGCGCCCGCCUGGCCGCCGCACUACUACCGGUAGCUUGUGGCGUCAGCUCAUGUCUUUGGCGUUCAACGGGGUAACACGGACGCCUCGCCACACGCCAAAUUGGGCGUCUCCUCAGUUUGUACACUUGUAAAGGGAAGGAAAAGACACCGUUACCCAGGUGAACGAAUUUCACGAUAAAAUUGUGAAAGAUGUAAAGUGAACUUGAGACUGGAGUGAUAUGCGGCUUUGACGAGUUAAAUAUUAUUAGACGUUAUGUAUUCGUGAACGUCCAGUGCAUAAUAAUAAACGACUAUUGCAUCCGAUUUUCUUCUGUAUACAUUAUUGUUCCGAUCGUUACUCAAAACUUAAUUCAGGAUUUGUACUAAGAAAAUAAAGUUUGAAACAACAAAUAGGUAUAGGUAAACCAGAACUUUGGGAGUAUUGUCAAGAGGGCGCUCGUUUUGAAUUUUAUAUAGCAACAAUUUGUAUAGUGGGGACAAUGGAAAUUGUCAGAUGAUUUUUGUUUUAUUCCGACAACUUUAAUAAGUGCGAAUCGGGCUUAUUUUUCCUCACGAUAACUAGCAAAGUGGCUAUAGUUGCUUUUCGCGGAUCACUAAUACUAUUGUCAUCGAGCCAAUUGACAAUUGUUCCCUUCUUCCAUUGAGUGUUAGGUGCUUUAUUGACCUGAAAAGAAAGAUAUCUUGCGUUGUCCAUGAUAACACAGGAAUUUUUGUCGAGAUUGGGAAUAAGUUUUUCUGUGACCCACUUUUUAAAAUUAUUUUUAUUCAAGAACUCGUGGUAGUCACUUUUUUUUUCUUUGUCAUUUUAUGACAACAGUGCGUUUGUAACAAAAGCAAUCCGUGAUACCGAUGCAUGCGAUACACCUAAUACCCAAAUCAAAUUAUUACAAGACAUCAACCAAAUCGUGACGACCUGACUAUAGUGACAUUUGUUCAUAAGUUUGAAACUUACCCGUCAAUUCAGAUGCUAAUUUCGUUAUGUUUUCUAAUGGAAGAAAUUCCUCUCCCGCACGUUUUUUUUCCAAUAAAUAACUAUAUACACUAUUUACAACUUUUUUCUCUGUAAAAUCUAAACUUUCGGCAUGAUUAUUGCAGUCUAAUAAUAAUUCACACGAAACUAGACAAAGCAAUGUUUACAUUGUCAAUAUUGACAACUAUCAUAGAGGGUAGAUGUUGUCUAUUAUUAAAAUUGUUGCCAUUGCUAGAAAUUAGUACCAACAAAUUUCCGUAACAUGGCGCACCCUCAAUAGAUC